GUGAGUGAGAGAGGGCAUUCACUUCGAGGCACCAGCAAGGAGAAGAAGACGAGCAGUCCUCAUGCUGAUGCACAAGCCCCCUGACCACCACCACGUCCAUCUACCUCCAGGCUGGAACUCCCUCCUCCACCUCCACCUCCUCCUCCUCCUCUCUCCUCCACCAAACACUCAAGACACUUUGCACUAACUUUUUGCUUUUGUAUUGUUUUUAUCAUUUACCCUCUUUUUAUAAUCAUUAUUAACGAUGCACACCACGCAAAAGGACACCACCUACACCAAGAUCUUCGUCGGGGGGCUGCCCUACCACACCACCGACUCCAGUCUCAGGAAGUACUUUGAGGUGUUUGGCGAGAUCGAGGAGGCGGUGGUCAUCACUGACAGGCAGACCGGCAAGUCUCGGGGCUAUGGAUUUGUGACCAUGGCGGACCGCUCGGCCGCCGACCGGGCCUGCAAGGACCCCAACCCCAUCAUCGACGGGAGGAAGGCCAACGUCAACCUGGCCUACCUGGGGGCCAAGCCUCGAGUGAUGCAGCCAGGUUUUACUUUUGGAGUUCCCCAAAUUCACCCUGCAUUCAUCCAAAGGCCUUACGGCAUCCCGGCGCACUACGUAUACCCUCAGGCCUUCGUGCAGCCCAGCGUGGUGAUCCCGCACGUGCAGCCCACCGCUGCCGCCGCGCCGGCCCCCGCCACCUCCCCGUACAUCGACUACACAGGAGCAGCCUAUGCUCAGUACUCUGCCGUUAGCGCGGCGGCGGCGGCGGCGUACGAGCAGUAUCCCUACGCUGCCUCCCCAGCCGCUGCAGGCUACGUGACCACCGCCGGGUACGGAUACGCGGUUCAGCAGCCUCUUGCCGCCGCCGCCCCGGGCUCUGCGGCAGCGGCCGCCGCCGCCGCCGCUGCCUUUGGCCAGUAUCAGCCUCAGCAGCUGCAAACCGACCGCAUGCAAUAGCAGGAACAGGAAUUGGAUUCCGGAUGCUGUGCUUCGACCAAAAACAAGAAAAACGUCGCCGUACAAAUAUGAUGAUGAUCAUUGUUUUAGUAGCUUAUAUCUAGAGAGGAACUGCAGGAACUAAUCCCUGUUACUUAAGUCCUGUUGCUGUCUUUUUCUUUUUUUUUUUUACCGUAGGGCUUAUUUUGUAUAUUUAUUAUUGUCACACACACUGAGGG